AGGAUUCAUAUCCACUAGAUUUUUGCCUUCCACUCCGUUUGUCUUCACCGGCGCCAUGGCCGUGAUUCUGGGAAACUUGGCUGUGUUACUAGACCUUCACUCGCCUCCGAUCAUAAUAACUGACCGCAAGAACCGUCCGGUAGCUCUAGAUGUUGUGUCCAAUCUAUUCAAAAAAGAGGCGCACCAAAUCUCCAGCAAUACGAACAACUACGCAUCAUUAGCCGCCAAGAACUUCGAAUCGGACGGGGAAAUUAGAAGUCACAGAGUUGUAGCUCGAGGCAAAUCGAAUUCGAAGGUAAACGGAGUGGAUUUCGACGCUGGCUCCAGUGAUGAGGAAGGGAACGGUAAUGGGGAUGGAGAGGAGUCAUCGUACGCUUGGGAGGAAGAGAUGAGGAAAAGAUUGAAGGAGAUUGAGGAGAUGAGAGAGCUGGAGAAAAAAGCUGAGGAGUUGCAGAAUCGCGUGGAGGAGGAGAAAGAAGGGGACGAGGACCGGGAGGAGACCGAGGAAGAGAAGAGGAUGAGGGUGCGGAGAGAGCUCGAAAAGUUGGCUAAGGAGCAAGCGGAGCGCAGAGCCACCGCACAAUUGAUGUUCGAAUUGGGUCAGAAAGCUUAUGGGAAGGGCAUGUACGGACGUUCCAUUGAGUUCCUUGAAGGUGCCCUUACAAUCAUUCCCAGGCCAACAUUAUUUGGCGGUGAGAUUCAAAUAUGGCUUGCUAUGGCAUAUGAAGCGAAUAAUCGGCAUGGGGAUUGCAUUGCUCUAUAUCAGCAACUGGAGAAGAAGCACCCCAUAAUGAGCAUCAGGCGCCAAGCUUCUGAGCUUCGCUACAUCUUGCAAGCACCUAAGCUUAAGAUUUCCCAGGAGGAAAUGGUUACUAUUCCCCUGAUUGGUUCAAGUUAUGACAGCUAUGCAGGAACAUGGACUGAUAAAUACAAGGACAAAGAUCAAAGAAGAAGUGGAUCGACGACAAAUCAGCUUCCGUCAUCGAGGGAUUUCAUAGGGGACUUUUUUGUCUGGCGACCUCCUAUUGGAUUGGAGAAAAGCCCAGCUUUUUGGGUUUUCUUUACAUUCUGGCUGGGUUUGGUUGGAGCUGCACUCAUUCUGCAAAAAUGAUUAUUAUAGCGCAUUGUCCAUAUUUGUAAAAUUGUAAUUGUAAUUGUAAUUGUUCGUUCCAAACUUGGCCAUGUAACUAUUUAUACGUUUGUUAAUACAUACCAAUGUCAUAUUCUGUAUUUACAAA